AUGAGAACACUGAUUCUCCUUUUGGUUCUUCUAUGCCUAGUCUCUGUGGCCACUGCGGCGACGAGAUACUGUGAGGAGCCUUUGUUCAAAGGACCGUGUGAUAAGAAACUGAAGAGAUAUGGUUUUGACAAGGAAAAAGGGAAGAGUGCAAUCAAUUCUGCAAAGCUGAAAAGGCUUCCAAUUAAAAGGGAUGAACGUAUGGGUCGAUUUCCUCUCCCAUUUGUAUUAUAUUUGAACACUCAAGGUGAGAACAGCAACAAUGGAAUAGGGAUUCACCGAAGAUGUGGAAAAGAAUCAUCCAAACAAAGCUUGUCUCAAACAAAUUCUACAACCCAUAUGAAAUGUCAUAGCACUAAGUGUGGUCUCAAGUUAUAG